AGUAAAGAAAAGAUUGCAGAGUUUGGGACUUUGUGCAGACGUGCCUGUGAGUGUAGAGGGCGGGAGGAGAGAAAGGAGGGUGUUGGGAGCGAAAGCUCCACCUUUCAUUCCUGCGAAGUGUAAGAGAUUGAGGAUGAGUCACAGGCACGGCUGCUCAGAUUCCCAAAGGUGAGGGACUGACUCCUCUGUUCGGGAAAACGCGGGGUUCGCACCUCUCAGAGUGGCCUUGGCAGGGUGUGAAGCCCUGGGUCUGCCCGGUCUGGUCUCUGGGGCCAGGGCUGGCUUUCCCUCAUGUAUGGCAAGAGCAGGACGCGUGCUGUGCUGCUUCUCCUUGGCAUCUGGCUCACAGCUCUCUGGCCUAUAGCAGCUGUGGAAAUUUACACCUCCCGCGUACUGGAGGGUGUCAACGGGACAGAUAUUCGGUUAAAAUGCACUUUUGCCAGCUUUGCCCCUGUGGGUGAUUCUCUAACAGUGACUUGGAAUUUUCGUCCUCAAAAUGGGGGACCUGAGCAGUUUGUAUUCUACUUCCAUGUGGAUCCCUUCAAACCCAUGAGUGGACAUUUCAAGGACAGGGUGGUCUGGGAUGGGAACCCUGACCGCUACGAUGUCUCGAUCAUUCUCUGGAAGCUGCAGUUUGAUGACAAUGGGACAUACACCUGCCAGGUGAAGAACCCGCCUGAUGUUGACGGGGUGAUCGGGGAGAUCAGGCUCAACGUCGUGCACACUGCAAGUUUCUCUGAGAUGUACUUCCUGGCUCUGGUCGUUGGCUCUGCCAGUGCAUUGAUGAUCAUAAUAGUGAUUGCAGUGGUCCUCGUCCAGCAUUUCCGGAAAAACCGAUGGGCUAAAAGAGCUCAUAAAGUGGUGGAGAUGAAACCAAAAGAAGAGGAAAAGCUCAACCAAGAGAAAAAGGUCUCUGUUUAUUUAGAAGACAUAGACUAACAUCCUUAGAUGGAAGUUGAAGAUUUCCAAGAAUAAGAACUCUAGGAUAAUUUGAAGUUAAUGGAAGCUUUUCUUUGGUUUUCCUAGUUGGGACCUGUCUUCCAACCACCUCUGCAGUAUAUAACAACCCAGAAAGGAAGAUCCUUCUGAGCCAGCAAUCCCUCUGGGCUCUUCUUGAGCAGAUAACACCAGACUCAUACACAGUCCCAUAUUAAGGUUUUAUUUAAUUUCAGAGUGCAACUAUUUCUCAAAUGUACAUUAACUUUUGUAUACUAAGAAACUACAUUUUUGCCCUUGAAACACUCCUUAUGGAGAUGACUUAUAUACAACAGAUAUCAGCUUCAAAUGGGAUUAAAAUCAACUUGUCUGUCAUAUUCCUCUAACAUAUUUGUUUUUUUAGAGCAGGACACUUGCUACUAAAGUUCAUGUUUACUCUUUCUUUCUCAACUCAUUCAAAAAGUGAGUUAAUUCUUCCAGCUGAUUUUAAUUUAUUAACAGAAAAUUCUACAUUCAAACCGUUAAGCAACAGUUUGAUUUUUAUGGCUUUUAAUAAAUAUGGGACAUCUCAUUUUACUGAAUUUCUUUCACUAUCCUAGAUGAUAGUUUUUUUUUCCCUGUCAAAUGAGACAAAGUUUACAAUAACACAAGUCUAAAUCAGAGUAACUAGAAAAGGCUACAUAAAUGCUAACAGAUUGACAAAUGCCACCUCAGCCUGUGUGGAAUGUCACCUUUUUUCUGUGUUGCUCAAAACAAUCAACAGUGAGGAUCUUUCAAGAACAAUGAAUGGCUGUUUAGCUUCCUGUUUCUUCCCCACCCCCCAAUUCAACAAUCUAUGACAGCAGGGCAGCAGUAUGUGUCUAUGCUCUAAGUAUCUAUGCUCUAAGACACCUAUACUUGUAGACUGGAAGCAUUAAACAGUUAAAUACCAAGAUUGUGAAAUAGUAUAUUACAACUUUAAAAAUUUGGGGCUGGUGAGAAAAGUCAACCCUAAAUGUUGAUAAUUGUGUACAGUGCUAUACAAAGCUCUGAGAACUGGAAGAGAUUAUUUAAAUUCUCUCUCUCUCUCUCUCUCUCAUUUCAAUUCACUGCUUAUUUUGGGGGCUCAAGGAUUUGUUAUGGAACAAAGAAAUGCCAAAACUAACAGAAGAAACAAACUUUUUCCUUUUUUCAUUUAUAUGAGUUGGUAACACAAACUUUAUAAGUGGGUGAUAGAAAGAAGAGUACUUUUUAAGAACAGGUAUCUGUUAAGUGUCUUUUCAAAUUUAAACUGCAGCAGCAAUCAUUCAAAGGAUAGAAAACAUUUAAAUGUUUAGAGCCCUCAAAAAUCUUUACAGUUUUCACUGACUAGGCUGAACAUGUUUUAGAAAACUGGGAUUUUCAAAUAAGUUAUCUGUACAUAAAGAUAUUGAAUUUUGACAAUUACCCAACACUUUAAAAAAUGGUAUAAUUUACAAUAUGAUCCUUGAUUCUGAAACUUGUUUCAUACCUGUCUCAUUUAGCCCUUUUGUACUGUCUAAAAAAGUAAAAUUUUAAUAUCCAACUUAGGAACAAAAAUUUAAAAAGUAUACUUUUAAUUCACAUUUUCUACUUCUCUUCAUAAUUCAACAUUUGAAAAUGUAAUUACUGGCUAUUUCUUCAAUCAGAUGGCUUGGGUGAUGUUCCAUAGUGUAAAGAAGUAGUUAAAAACUCAUGGAAAGUAUUUCCAGAAAAACUUGUAGCGUUGUGUCUUGGCUAAAUGUUUCAUGGUUAGUAGGACUCUGCUGUUCAACGUCUUCUUCCUAAAGAAAACUUUUGUAUUGUAAUUUAUUUUUUAUUGUGCCUUAAACACCUAUGUAAAUAAACUUUAGUAAUAAAGAAU